CAGACAGCAUACUGUUUUACUCCUGAGGUAAAGUGGAUUGUAUGUUUCUUCACACGUCUGGUAAUGGAUGCACAACUACAAAGAUUCAUCCCUUGUGUUUGAAAAAAAAAUAAAAGUCACUUCUUUUCUCCACAUCAUCAUCAUCAUCAUCAUCAGACCGCAAAGAGGAGAGAAAGAUGGGGUGCUGCUCGGGACGAUGCAUGCUGAUCAUCCUGUGUUGCGUGCAGCUGAUAACAGCGAUGGAGAGGCAGGUGUUUGACUUCCUGGGCUACCAGUGGGCUCCCAUUAUGAUCAACUUCUUUCACAUCAUCAUGGUCAUCUUAGGUUUAUUUGGAGCCAUCCAGUACAGAUCACACUACGUUAUUAUGUAUCUGCUGUGGACUUUGUUGUGGGUUGGCUGGAAUGUCUUUGUGAGCUGUCUCUACCUGGAUUUGGGAGAGCUUUCAAAGGACAGUGAUAUCCUCUCCCUUGGGGUGUCGUCACACCACUCCUGGUGGAAAGACAACGGGCCUGGAUGUCAGAGCGAGAGGCUUCCCUCUGCUGGGUGGCAGAACCAGCAAAACCCAGAGCUUACCACAGUUCUAAGCUGCUGGCUUGAAUACCAGUACAUAGAAAUUAUGCACUGCAGUGUGCAGAUCCUCAUAUCUCUCCUGGGAUUAAUUUAUGCCUGCUACGUUGUCACCACGUUUUCAGAUGAGGAAGAAAGCUUUAAUUUCAUUGGUGAAUAUCAUCACCCAUCCAAACCUUUUCAGUUGCACUUCUAGUGUAAAUCAUGAUUAUAAAUAGCCACAGAGAGAAAGUCUGAAAGAGACUGAAGCAGAAGAUUAAGCUUGGAGGACUCUUUUGGCCGUUUUGUCACUUUUGGGUUGGACACAAGACACAGAUCACAAAUGCUGAACUCCUGCUGUUUUUUUUUUUUAAUGUUAAUCUACAGGGUUUACUAUUUUGUAAAAAUUCA